UUUUUGUUGGUCACGUGACGUAAUUUAAUACAGGUCCAUGUACCCGCGCAGGCGUGCGAAUUAGUUUUCCACCAGGAAGGGAAAGGGAUUUAAACCUUUGGAGAAAAGCGGAGGAAGAUCAAGAGAUGUUGGAAAUUUCUCCAAGGGCCAAAAGGACUGUAUCGAGGUGGAUGCAGUCAACGAAACGUUGAUAGAUCGCAAAACUUCCUCAUUUGCAGUAUUUUCCCAUUGGAGCUUUUCAUUGAGCUAAUGGGGACACGAUAAGAACGACAGCCACCAUGGGAGGAUGUGUUGGAAGAGAGAGUGGGGACAGACAGGGCCACGGGUCGUCCAGGAACGGUGGAAGAACACACAGAAAGCGAGGAGGUCGCAACGAGCCCCUUAAGAAGGACAAGCUGAAGUGGAAGAGUGACUACCCCAUGACCGAGGGCCAGCUCCGCAGCAAGCGGGACGAGUUCUGGGACACGGCGCCCGCCUUCGAGGGCCGCAAGGAGAUCUGGGACGCCCUGAAGGCGGCCGCCGUCGCCAUCGAGUGCAACGACCACGAGCUGGCCCAGGCCAUCGUGGACGGAGCCAGCAUCACACUGCCGCACGGUUCCCUGACCGAGUGCUACGACGAGCUGGGGAACCGCUACCAGCUGCCGGUCUACUGCCUGGCCCCGCCCGUCAACCUGAUCUCAGAGCGGAGCGACGAGGAGGCCCCCGAACACCCGGAGCCACAGGCGGCGCCCAAGAAGGAGUUCCAGCUGAAGGUGCGCCUCUCCACGGGCAAGGACCUGCGCCUGAGCGCCAGCAUGGCCGACUCCAUCGGCCUGCUCAAGAAGCAGCUGCAGGCCCAGGAGGACAUCGACGCCACCCACCAGCGCUGGUUCUUCUCCGGGAAGCUGCUGACGGACAAGACCCGCCUGCAGGACACCAAGAUCCAGAAGGACUUCGUCAUACAGGUCAUCGUCAACCAGCCGGCCGUUCCCGACUGAGCCAGGGGGAGGAGGGGAGGGGAGGGGGGCGGGGCAGGGCAGGGCGGGGAGGGAGCGUGGGGGACAGAGAGGAGCAGGGGCGGGGUCAGAGGGGUGCUUUUCUAGCGAGAAGAGCGGUAGGGAAAAGGGGGAAGCGCUGUUUUGCAUUGCUCUUGCGGGCCUAUGUUUGUUUCAUCCAGUCCACGAGAGCGCACGGUCAUGUGACUCAUGUGACAUCUCUGUCCAGUUGGCUUGCUCGCCCAGUGGGGCUGAGGGAGCGGGGGCGGGGGGGGGGGCGCUCAGGGUUUCCAGUACCUGCCUAGCAGACACUGGUAAACUGGAGAUCAGGCCUGUCUUCUUCCCCCCACCCCACCCCAUGCUUCACAGAGCCAUACAGAGCGAGCUGCAUCCGGCGUAAAGCACAUCUUUAAGUCUCCCCCCCCCCCCAAGAACUAUUUGGGAGCCCCCGCGCCCAGGGCUUCGGGCGUCUGCGUUGUAUCCUGGCAACCAAGGCACCCGCGAACUUCUCCAAAUGUGAUCAUGAACAAAUCGUUAUUAUUAUUCUUGUUAUUCUUAUUAAUAUUAUUUUGUUUUUUGUUUCCAGAAGAAAGACUAUCCAAGCGAUAUAAGCUUUUUUGCACACUUGAGUAUAUGGAGCUGUGUGCCUUUUGAGGAAAAGAUGUAUAAAAAAAAAAAAGAAAAACUUGAUUUCUGGAAUUGUAGGUCUAUUGAUGCGCUUUCCUUGCUGCAGUUCUUCACAGGUAAUAUUCAGGAAUUUUAAAUAGACGAACUGUGUAAAUUAGCUGCCUUCUAUCAACAUAUUCAAACCUGUUCUCUGCAGAGUGGCACAGGUCUCAUAAACGGUUAUCCAGUCCUCUGGCUCUCUCUGGCUUUAUGCGUUUUGACUUCAUUUAAACGUUCUGUGCUCUGUGUAUUUGGAGCUCUUUGGAGCUUUAGAAAUUUCCGGAAGCAGCCCAGAGAAAGAGGCAAACGGUUGAAUAUCCACAGAAGCUGGAGAUAAUUGGGGUGAGAGGGUGGGGGUGGGGGUAGUGACCAGGGUUUGGGGGCAAGGCCUGCAGUUGUGCCCCCCCCAAAGGGCAGGCUUUCCUUUGCACAAACAAACACUCACCACCCCCCAGCUCUCACAACAGUGUGUUUGUUUCUCCUAGUGCUCUCACUGACAGUACAGCAAGCUGGUACUAGCGCAGGUAAUCUGACAGAGCAGGACCCGUAGCCACGCCCACCAUACACAGCAAGCAGAACGAGCGCAGCCAGGGGAUUGGCUGGUCCGAUUCCCCCGAGCCUAGAGACAUGCGGCGUCCUGAAAAGCAACUAAACAGCUUUUACUGCCCAGAACGGAGCAUUCUUACCCUCUUACACCACCUAAAGCCAGUGUAGGCGUGGCCGGAGGAGGAGGGGUGGGGCCUGCAGGGAAUAUCUCCUAGCAGAGGUACUAAAUGUUCGUCAGACUGAAUUCAUUUAAAGUCUUAAUAUGGACUCGGAGGGUAAUUGCACUCACGCUAGUCGGCAGAGGCUGGACAGACCUCUCUUUCUUUUCUCAUCACAUAUAAUCUUCAUUGUGGAAAUUCAGUGUGCGUUCAGUGCGAAAACAAUGGCGUUUUUUUUGGUGUUGUAUUUUUUUAUUUUAUUUUCCCAUCCCAAAGACCCUGAACUGACACUUCUCAAGUGCUGUGCAAUUAUAUGUGACACUGUUCAUUAUUUUCACCCCAUAUUUGUGUUGAGUUUGUGGUGAGACCUGUCAUCUGUAGCUGUAUAGGGCAAGAUGCUGAAGUGCCCAGGGAUUUAGAUAUGCUGGUACUAUGAUGAAAUAAACCCCCAGGGAAAUUGCUUGGGUGGAUGGUACCUGGAAACCCCUUCUAUCAGCCUUGUUAAGGCCCUGCUGACCUAUGCCUCUGUCUGUGGUAAAACAUUUUGAGCUCGAGUCGCAUAUUAAAUAGCCUAUUAGAAUUAAUUCAUUUGCAGAACUUUGCUGCCCCUUUUAAAGAUACUGUUUGACCCUGUACGUUCUAUAAAUGCAUCUUAUACCCCUGAUUCGACGAGACUGGGGUGUGUUUCUGCUUGGCUAUAACCCACGUUGCCCUUUGCUUGACUGAAUGACUCACGCCAUGUGACUCCUCGCGACCAAUCGGAUUAAUCUGCACGGCCAGAGGAAGGGAGAAGCAGCCCGCUGUAACUGACACCAUUAAGGUUGCUUAUUUCCAGGAACUAGACCUUGCUGAUCGCAAAAUUAUUACAAUAUUUGGAGUCAUCCGGGUUUUCCUGUCGUCUUUGCACAGAACCGGUGAGACAGGGAUCCCCUAUGGCUGAACAGAACAUGAAACACAUUCUAGCUGUUGUGAAUCUGUCUUGUAAUGGCACUAAUACAUUGUGAGAUGCUGAUGGAUGACAAUGUUAUCGCUGAAACAAAGUUUAAUUGAAGAAUGAGUGCAUUAUUAGAGGGCUACGUUCAGAUACAAGGUUUACUGUAUAUAUGUCGGCACAAAAAUAAAUGUAAAAGAAUUCACACUCACUGGUGAGAGAUCUAAAUGUUAAUGGCAGUAAAUCAUAAUUUGAUAUAUACAAUCCUUCUCGCCCCUAUGGUACAUUGCUUGCUCUCAGAGCAGGAGAUGUGAACACGUCGCUGUUUGAGGUGUCCUCCGCUGUGCCUGCGGGUCCGGUCACUCUUGUGAUUCGGAGAUCAAAACGCUCGUCAUCCAAUGAUGGGCUUUUCUGUUUUCUUUCAUUCCCCAGCUUUUUUUCCCCCCCAGUGAGAAUGUAUCACUCUGUGUGUGUUUUUUUCUUUUCUUUUUUUUCAUGGGCGGGGUUAAAUUGGGAGCUUCAUGUAAAGUGUGUCUAUUCGGGAAUUGUGGGAAAAGCUUUUCAGCGCUGCCUCUACCCUAAGCCAUCGAGGACUCGACGAAGACGCACACCGUGACUGUAGGUACAGGCGGAGCUACAAAGCCAUGAAUAUUUAUUUUUCUUUGGGGGGUGGCAGGUAGUGACUGGCCAUGGAACGCUUCCCACCACAACCUGGAAAAUCAAGAAGCCAUCCUGUUGUUUUUGGCCCAGGGAAUUCUGUGGUGGUGGAGCUCGCCUGGGGAAUCGAAUGGGACCGACAUCUCCGGACUCCUUGUCCUCAGAAAACGCUCGGAGAAAUUGUUGGAAGAAAGUGUUUUGAUGAUGUCCGCGAGGACACAAAUGUAUAAAAAUAUGUAUAUUUAGUCUUUUUUUUUUUUUUUUUGGAAAUAUAAGUGAUUAUAUAUUAUAGGAAUUCUGAUAAUUUAAUAUGCCUACGAUUUAUUUUACAAGUGAUGUGUACAUUUAUAAACCAAUUUCAUUUUCAUCUGUUUUAUAAACUGUCAAUUAAAAUGAAUUAUUGUC